UGAUCGAGUCCGAGUUGUUUGGUUAAUCUAAUCCAUUUGAAUCUAUGAUCGAAUCGUAAUCAUCAAUUCAGUUCCAAUGUUGUCUCAAUUAUCGUUUUUUAAUCGACAAAGACGAAAGGAAUUAACUUCUACUAAUAGUAGUAAAUGUGUAAAUUCAUCAACAACCUCAUCAUCAUCUCCAAAUCAAUUGUCAUCAGCAUUGAAAAGUGAUUCAACAGCUGAAGUAACAAAGAAAUUAAAUGAUUGCAAUCAAUUGUUAUCUUCCAGCAAUAAAUCAACUUGCAAUGACCAAGUAUCUCUGUCAACGAAAUCAUCACAAUUGUCAACACCUCAACAAUCAAUUCCAUCAUCAACACCAGUGACAAUUAAUUCUCAGCCUUCAACACCAACAGAAAGUUUAACACUGAAAAAGCAAAUAGUAACACCAACAAAUCAACAAUCAGUGUCUACAAUUAAUCAUGAAAAUUGUGAUUCUAAAUCAAUAAAUGAAAUUACUCCUAUUGAGAAGGAUGAAAACAAAUCAAUCAAUCAACAAAAACCACAACAAAUACAACAAGAUUGUAAGGAAAAAGUUAAUCAUCAAGAAAUCGUUUCCUAUUCAAAUUUAAUCGAGGAAUCAGUUAAUCGUAAACAAUGUAAAUCCGGUUCGUCGUUUGUUAAAUUGACCUUUCGUUGUCAAUUAGCCCAUGGAAGUGCAACUCAAUUGAUUUCUGGUUUUACCAAUAUGAAAGAGCUCUAUGAGAAAAUAGCCUCGAUAUUUAAUAUCCCAACGGAUCAGAUACUCUAUUGUACCUUGAAUACAUCAAAAGUGGACAUGGAUCAACUUCUUGGCGGACAAAUCGGACUCGAAGAUUUCAUCUUUGCCCAUUGUAAGGGUCAAGCUAAAGAAAUCGAACUGACCAAAAACGAAGAGCUUCUUGGCCUUACAAUAACCGACAAUGGAACUGGAUACUCGUUCAUUAAGAAAAUUAAAUCUGGAAGUUUGGUUGAUUCUAUCAAGUUUAUUUCUGUCGGGGAUGUGAUUGAAAAAAUCGAAGGCAAAUGUUUCAUUGGUUGUCGUCACUUCGAAGUGGCCAAAGCGCUGAAAGAUUUGCCGAUUGGUCAUACAUUCACUAUGAGACUAAUAGAACCAAGUAAAGGAGGUUUUGGUUCAGUUGGUCCUCGUCCGGUUACAAACAAUCAUUCAACUAAUUUAGGCUCUGGUCGGGAGACACUACGAUUAAGAGCAAUGGGAUCGCCGAUUAGUUCAAUCAACAAUCAACCAAUUUCAACUCCAGUUAUCGAUAAAAUUAACAUUCUCCUUGAAUCAUUCAUGGGUAUUCAUGAUAAUGAACUUGCUACUCAAAUCUGGGAGAUUGGAUCAGCUCAUCUCAAUCCUCAUGAUUUUGUAAUGGCGGUCGGAAGUUCUGACCUUCAUAUCUUUGGUUUCAAUGAAGAUCUACUAUUUGACCUUUGGGGAGUUAUUAACGAUAAUAAAUCAGGUCGAGUCAAUUCAAAGGUAACAACUGACUCGAUAAAAGUUGAUCCAACUGAUUGUCAGUGUACUUGGGAUGAUAAUUGUUGGGUUGAAGGACGAGGUACAAUCAGAGCGAUUCGAGGAUGUCGGGCUCAUUUCGAUGUCCAUUUGAGUGUCAAUUGUCUCAACAAUCAGUUGAUUGAUUUAACUGUCGAGAUUAAAGGUCCAGAGAGGACAAUUUGCUCCGAAAGAAUCAAAUUAACUCAGUUAAGAGGAUCAAAUUUCAAAGGGCGACCUUUUCAAUUGGGUGGACCGAAAGGAGGAACAACAAAUGAAUCAAAUGAUUCAACAGAAUCAACUGAAUCAACUUUGAUUCCAAUGUGGUAUUUGAUUGUUCCGAGUAAAAUAUCAAUUUAUUACAUCCCUUUGGUGAUUGGAAUCCAUAAGAUCAGAUUAUUUAAUAAAUCAGCUCAAAUUAGGGGAUCCCCUUUUACUGUUUACGUUGAACAUGAUUUUAAUUCACUCGGAAACAAUUCAAAUUGUUCAUCAUUAUUAACGCGAUCAAUUACCUUUGAUCCCUCAAAUUGUGAAUCAAAAUCAACGAAAACCACAACAACUCAAGUAAAUCAAGAAGGACCCAGAAGAAACCGAUCAUCAUCAUCAUCAUCAUCUGUUAUUUCCGAUGACGAUGGUGAUGAUGAUGAUGUGAUUAACUUCACUAUUUCUGGUUGUUCCAAGUGUUGGCUACCUUAUCAUGAUUAUGUUGGCAACGAUGAUUUAACUCUAUCAACCAGUGAUAAAGAUUAUUGGAUUAAAGAAAUGGAUAAACGUUAUCAGGAGGAACAUUUUAAGAAACAUUCAUUCAGAGUUAAAUCGUUAAUUGAAUAUUGGAAUAAAAUGUCAGUCUCAACAUCGUCAGCGAUUUCUUGCAUUUGUUGGUUAAUUUAUUUAAUUAUGGAUGAAAAGCAAGAUUAUUUACCCUUUACUCGUCGACUGUUGAUCCUGUAUGGAAGUCAAACCGGAAAAGCUUGGUACAUCGCUCAAGACCUUUACCUAAAUUGUAAAGGUGCUUUUACUGGAACUGAUUUAAAUCUGAGUAUCCAUUGUUAUUCAUUAAAUCAACAAGAUUUACGAAUUGAAAAGGAAACCUAUGUCAUCUUUGUAGUCGCUACUGUUGGUGAAGGUGAAUGUUCAUAUACUACAAGGGAGUUUUGGAGGUAUUUAAACAGUGACAACCCUCCUGAUCUAUCAGAGCUUUAUUAUGCUCUUUUUGCCUUAGGUGAUUCAAAUUAUCAUCAUUUUGCCAUUUUUGGUAAACAAUUAGAUGCACGGUUGGAGGAAUUAGGAGGUAAAAAGAUUUGUGAAACAGGGUUUGGAGAUGACGCUGUUGGAAUUGAGAUUGGAUAUGCACCGUGGUUACAGAAUGUGAUUCAAUCAUUUGCUAAUAUGUUUCCUGCGAAUGAGGAUUUUCUAACACAAUUUAGAGAUCCUUUAAGACUAUUGUCCAGCAACGAUAUGAAAUUUUCCUUCUUUUCUCCUGCUCUAACUUUACCUGUUGCCUUUUCGGAUAAAUUUGUGGAAACCCGAAUCCAAGAUGAAUUGUGUGAUUAUAAAACGGAACAAUUGACCUUUCCCAAGAUCCCCCUGAUGGACACCGACAUUCACAAUGUAAAAUUUGUCGAUCUCAAACUGUUAUCCAUGGUAACGGAGAGCAUAACUAAAGAGGACAAAGUGAUUCUAGAGGCCACUUUUGAAGGCGAUGAGAAAUUUGUUGAUUGGGCGCCUGGAGAUGCUUUUGGUUUUAUUGUCGGUCAUUCCGAUUUUGAGGUUAAUCUCGUUCUCAAAGCUCUUAACCUACAAGAUAAAGCGGCUAAUAUAAUCGAAGUGUCCUCCGCAACUCAUCAACAUUUACCAAAACGUAUCACCUUAUUCAAUCUGAUUAAAUACUACAUUGAUCUCAGGGCGAUUCCCAAAAAGGCCAAUCUCCGAUUCUUUGGUGACCAUUGUUCAGUUCCCUCUCAGCGAAUGCAAUUACAUUAUCUUAGCAGUCGGGAAGGAACGGGAGAAUAUAAAAUUCAUAUUCUUCAACAUAAAACAAGUAUACUGGACAUUUUGGUCGCUUACGAUUCUUGCUGUCCACCUCUCGAUUAUUUUCUUGCCGUUGUGCCAAAUUUUGUUCCUCGUUAUUACUCUGUGCUAAAUUUGAAAGAUGAUAAAAUUCAAUUUAAAGUGGCCUUUAGUGUUAUCCAUCUUAAUGAAGUCAACCAACGUCGAGAUACUCAACUUUUAGGUGUUUUCACUGGUCUUAUGUAUAAAAUUGCUCUUGCGAAUAGCCUGGUAACGGAAAACACAAUACAACUCGAAGCCUGUCCUAGGCCAGAAUAUUUUAGAGUUUCGAAGAGAAACGAUCAUUUUAAACUUCCAGCCAAUAAUUCAACUCCGAUUAUCAUGUUAGCGGCUGGAACGGGUGUCACUCCGUUUCUUGGAUUUCUCAGUUAUCGUCAACAUUUUAAGGAACAAAAUCCCGAACAAAAGAUCGGUGAAAUUCUAUUCUACGGUUGUCGUGAUUCGGAGAAAGAUUUCAUCUAUUCCCAAGAAUUGGAAGAUUUUAAAGUCAAUGGUAUUCUCACUCGAUUCCAUCCAUGUUUCUCUCGUGAUUCAAAAUUCCCAAAGAUGCAUGUUCAAGAUGGAAUACUGAAAGAAAAACAAGAAAUUCGUCGCCUUAUUGUUGAAGAAAAUGCCGUGAUUUAUGUUUGUGGUGACCAAGGAAAAUUUUCCUCUAAUGUUCGUAAAGCAUUUGUUAUCGCUCUCGAUGCAACUGUACGCGAAGGUGACCUUUGUGCAGAAAAAGUACUCGAUAACCUGAAAGUAGAAGGUCGCUACCUACAAGAUCUUUGGGUUUAAUUGCGAUAUUUUUAUUCCAAGUUUUUAUUCUAAAAAUUUUAGUCCAACUUGAAAGACUAAUUCUAUUCGAUCAAUGAAAUAAAGAUCGUAAUCAAUCAUAA